AACCCUGGAUCAUCCUAACUUUCUCCUCAGCUCUACACCAAGAGCGCUUAUAAACAUAAAAAACAUCUCAAACACAACCCAAAAUAGGGCCAAAAUUCUAGAAUAUUAUUUUUGUUUUGAAAGGAAUUUAAGUUUGUGUGGUGUGUCAUCCAUGGCGGACAUGGUGAAGUUCACCAUGGAGUGGCUUCAGGAUCCUCUGAGCCUGGCGAUCGUCGUCACGGUGGCCGUCCUAAUCAUGCGGAUGCAGCGGCGGCGCGCGGCGCCGUUCCCGCCGGGGCCGAAGCCGCUGCCGAUCGUCGGCAACAUGGCGAUGAUGGACCAGCUGACGCACCGCGGCCUGGCAGCGCUGGCGAAGGAGUACGGCGGCCUGAUGCACCUCCGGCUCGGCCGGCUCCACGCGUUCGCCGUGUCGACGCCGGAGUACGCGCGCGAGGUGCUCCAGGCGCAGGACGGCGCGUUCUCGAACAGGCCGGCGACCACGGCGAUCGCCUACCUCACCUACGACCGCGCGGACAUGGCGUUCGCGCACUACGGGCCCUUCUGGCGCCAGAUGAGGAAGCUGUGCGUGGUGAAGCUCUUCAGCCGGCGCCGCGCCGAGACGUGGCUCGCCGUGCGCGACGAGUCCGCGGCGCUCGUGCGCGCCGUGGCGGCGUCGCGCGGCGAGGCCGCCGUCAACCUCGGCGAGCUCAUCUUCAACCUCACCAAGAACGUCAUCUUCCGCGCCGCGUUCGGCACGCGCGACGGCGAGGGGCACGACGAGUUCAUCGCCAUCCUCCAGGAGUUCUCCAAGCUGUUCGGCGCGUUCAACAUCGGCGACUUCAUCCCCUGGCUCAGCUGGGCGGACACCAACGGCAUCAACGCCCGCCUCGUCGCGGCGCGCACCGCGCUCGACAGGUUCAUCGACAAGAUCAUCGACGAGCACAUGGAGCGCGGCAAGAACCCCGACGACGCCGACGCCGACAUGGUCGACGACAUGCUCGCGUUCCUCGCCGAGGCCAAGCCGCACGCCGGCAAGGCCGCCGCCGCCGCCGCCGGCGCCGGCGACGGGGCCGACGACCUGCAGAACACGCUCCGCCUCACCCGCGACAACAUCAAGGCCAUCAUCAUGGACGUGAUGUUCGGGGGGACGGAGACGGUGGCGUCGGCGAUCGAGUGGGCGAUGGCGGAGAUGAUGCACAGCCCCGACGACCUCCGCCGCGUGCAGGAGGAGCUCGCCGCCGUGGUGGGCCUCGGCCGGGACGUCGCCGAGUCCGACCUCGACAAGCUCCCCUUCCUCCGCUGCGUCAUCAAGGAGACGCUCCGCCUCCACCCGCCCAUCCCCAUCCUCCUCCACGAGACCGCCGCCGACUGCCUCGUCGCCGGCUACUCCGUCCCCAGGGGCUCCCGCGUCAUGGUCAACGUGUGGGCCAUCGCCCGCGACCGCGCCGCCUGGGGCCCCGACGCCGACGCGUUCCGCCCCUCGCGGUUCGCCGCCGGCGCCGCCGCCGAGGGGCUCGACUUCAGGGGCGGCUGCUUCGAGUUCCUCCCCUUCGGCUCCGGCCGCCGCUCGUGCCCGGGCAUGGCGCUGGGGCUCUACGCGCUCGAGCUCGCCGUCGCGCGGCUCGCCCACGGCUUCAACUGGUCGCUCCCCGACGGGAUGAAGCCGUCCGAGCUCGACAUGUCCGACAUCUUCGGCCUCACCGCGCCGCGCGCCACCCGCCUCUCCGCCGUCGCCACGCCCCGGCUCACCUGCCCCUUGUACUGACGGCGGCCGGCGACCGCGGCGGCGUACGGCAAGAAUGGUUUGCAGGUGAUGGUGUUAAAAGUUCAGACGCGUGUGGCGCCAUUGGAGGAGCUUGGUGUGGCUAGCUUAGCUUCCUCUGGGCCUUUUUUUUUUUGCUGGUUUAAUUUUCUUUUUUUUUUCUCCUUUGUAAUUUAAUCCAUGUCUCCAGAACAAUAAGUGGAUUAGUAGGGUAUAAUUAAGGGUGACAGUGUGAUAUAUAGACUAUAAGAUCAAAGUUGUAAAUUUGGUGUCCGGUGUGCCUGUCCACAUAAGCACAGCCUCUGAAUUUUCUUGUAAAACUUUGUCAUGAAAAUUGAGAAAGAAAACACCUCGCUUUCCA